UUAAGAAAAAUCAGUAUUCUUUUAUAUUUUUAAAAGUAACUAGCAUUAAAUAUUACAGAAAAUUAAAAAAAAUUAUUUUUAAUGAAGUCAAUGUGAGAGUGGAUGUACACAUUAUCGGUAGGAAAACUUUGUAUUCAAACUGCAGGCGAGUGGAAAAGAAUGGAAAACAGUUAAAUAUGUUUCUUAAUUCAUUUAUCUAACCAAGCAUUAAAUUGAAAUAAGUUUCACUAGUAGAGGAUAAAUGCUUAGCACCUAAAUCUACAUGCACUUGCACAGAUUCGAGACGCGCAACGAAACGUCCGACAUCAUCCGGGCAGGAAAUGCGCAGUGACGUAGAUGCUCUCUCGGACGUCCGCGCGGCAGGAAUAUAUAGCCAAGCGGUUCGACGAAACGUCAGUUCAUGUUUCAACUCUCAAUCAGAGUAACACUACGAAUCGCACUUUAGUAUUGUUAGUUUGACAUUUCGCUAACUCUACGAUCAUCAAUUCAUCAUCAUUAUGACUGACGCACCAGCUGCUGUUGCUCAAACCAAGACCACCCCUGCCAAGAAGAGGGCCCAGGGCAAGCCCAAGGCUCCCCCGGCUCACCCUCAGUACAAGAUCAUGGUCGUCGCUGCCAUCUCCUCCCUGAAGGAGCGCGGUGGUUCCUCCCGACAGGCCAUCCUCAAGUACAUCAUCGCCAACUACAAGGUCGGAGACAACCCCACCGCCAUCAACGCCCGCCUCAAGACCGCCCUGAGAGCCGGAGUCAAGGCUGAAACCCUGAAACAGUCCAAGGGAACUGGCGCCGCCGGAUCUUUCCGCCUGGGAGAGAAAUCCGUGGAGAAGAAGAAGCCUAAGAAGGACAAGAAACCCAAGGACAAGAAGAAAUCCCCCAAGAAAACCGUCAAGCCCAAGAAAGCUCCUGGUACCAAGAAGACACCAACCAAAUCCAAGAAGACUGGUGACGUCAAGAAAGUUACCAAAAAGGCCACCGGUGCCAAGACGAAAAAGGCCACCACCAAGAGCCCGGGAAAGAAAAACUCUCCUGCCAAGAAAUCGACAGCUGCCAAGAAAGUGGCCAAGAAAGCCGCACCCAAAACCACCAAGCCCAAGAAAGCUGCUGCUACCAAGAAGUAAAUUUACUUCUCAGCUCUUCUUCCGCACCAGCGCCAUUCGGUGCUAGCACAAGGUCCUUUUCAGGACCAAACC